AUGACUGAAUUAUUAUCAUUCAAAUCAUGGGAACAUUUAUUCAAACACCGUUUGGCUGAUUCCGAUUGGAGUGAGUUGUGGAACCUCGACUUUAAGUUCACACCAGGUAAAACACCAUUCUCCCAAUUCUCUGUAAUCCCAAUUGUUAUUGCUAUUUAUUUAGUUACAAUCUUUACCAUCAAAUUUUUAAUGAGAAAUAGAAAGCCAUUUGAACUUAAGAGUGUUUCUGUUAUCCAUAAUGUAAUUCUAUGUGCAUGGUCAUUCUUAAUGUGUGCAGGUGUUGUCUAUGAAUGUUACAAGAGAAUAAUGGUAAUGUUUAGUUUAGUUUUUUUUUUACAAAAUUGUCACAUAAAAAAAUCAGGUAGUGGGUAUUAA